AGCAGGGUUGGGGUUGGGUGAUUUAUGUUUUACAAUCUCUUUUUUAGACCUAUCAGUAUCAACGAUGCUUGAGACAACGCACAAAGCGGGGAUAAACGUGAUAUAAUCCGUCCAAAUAUCUUUAAAUGAAUAUUAUGGAGUGCCCACCCUUAAAUGUGAGGUCGAAAGGUUACAAUAAUCGUUUGACUAGUAAGGACGUAGUGGGAGCAUAAAUAGCCAGUCUGUUCCCGCCGCUUUCUGCAGAGGUCCCGGUCUCAACACCUUGCAAAAGAGCGACAACACACCGAUUUUAUCAACAGCUCAACUUGCAUGCUUUUUUUCUUUAAAAAAGAACAGAAACCACCCGCUCGCGGCAAUCUGAUGGCGAUGUGUGAAUUGUGGAGAGUUUGGGGGAUGCUACUUGUGACGGUGCUGGGCUGCGGGCGAUGCCGGCCCGUGGAUGGGGAAGCUCCGUGUGCGGCCAGUGACCGGGCCAAGUACAGUCUCAUCUUCACGGGCAAGUGGAGCCGCACCGCCUUCCCCAAGCAGUACCCGCUGUACCGGCCCCCGGCGCAGUGGUCACCCAUGAUGGUGGUCACCCACAGCAGUGACUAUCACAUGUGGCGAGUGGGUGAAUAUGCCAGCAAUGGAGUACGGGAAUUUGCAGAGAAAAGUGAGGCAUGGUCUUUGAUGCGAGAGGUGGAAGCAUCGGGAGAAAAAAUCCAGAGUGUCUACGGGGUUUUCUCAGCACCAGCUAUCCCAAAUGGUGUGGAACAGACUUCCACUGAAUUUGAAGUGCAUGCCAGACAUUCUUUUAUGUCUUUUAUGGUUCGUAUUGUACCAAGUCCAGACUGGUUUGUAGGAGGUGACAGUAUUAAUCUGUGUGAAGGAGACAACUGGAAAGAACAAAUGUCUAUAGACCUGUAUCCCUACGAUGCUGGGACAGACAGCGGUUUCACCUUUUCUUCACCAAAUUUUGCUACCAUUCCCCAGGAGACCAUCACUGAGAUAACGUCGAGCUCACCAAGCCACCCUGCAAACUCAUUCUUCUAUCCCAGACUGAAGCAGCUCCCUCCAAUCGCCAGAGCGACACUGACAAAGCUGAAGGACAACCGAUUAAUUGGAAUUAUUCCAGCUCAGUCCAACCUCAUUCCCAUGGGCAAUGAGAUAGAUGACAUUGUGUCAGAGACUCCAUUGGACUGUGAGGUUUCCACCUGGUCUUCCUGGGGCCUGUGCAUGGGGAAAUGCACAGAGAAGGGUGUGAAGCGCCGCACUCGCUAUAUCCGACUGAAACCAGCCAACAGCGGUAAUCCAUGUCCAGAGCUACAGGAGGAGGAGCAAUGUGUGUUGCACAACUGUGUCUAAAGAAAAAAAGAUCUCAGAUUUAAAAUGAAUAAUUAACAACUGAUCGAGCAUGGUUGGAUAGGAUGGAUGGAGAGAUUUGGCUGAGUCUGUUAACUACUUAAACAAUUUCAGAGUAUUUACCCAUGUGUUAACAUCAAGUAAUGAAGUUCCACCUUGCACCACUUGCUUGUGAUGAGACAAAUUGUUGGGAUAUGAGUAGCUGAAGUAUUUCUGUAUGUGUCAUUUGGCAAUUGAAGCUAAGGGAAACUCUGAUCCAUCAGUCCAUUAUGUGGAUCGAUCUGUGGAUUUCUCACCAAUCGAUGUCUGGUAUAUUCAAUAAAGAAUCAAAAUGGUAUUGAUUGCUAUGACAUGUGAAUAUGACAGAUUAAUGUGCAAUGCUAUAGAAUGGAUUGAAUGCAGUUUAGAAUCUACUGUAAAUGUAUAUAAUGAACCAUUAAUUUUAGCACCAUGCUUGUGGGGGAGCAUCAAAUGAAGACCAAACACCAUCUCAUGACAAAGGAAAGCAAUUGUCAGGAAGAGUCCCUCUGAGUUUACUUGGCACUGGUGAUCAAUCACAGAAUGGAAUAUGCAGAAACUUGUCUCUGGAAUUCUGUAUUCCAUCCUUAAAAAAUAAAACCUGUUUUAUUGUUGUUA